AUGUCCCAUCGAGCCAUUUGCCAAGCGGUUCGCGUAUCGAGGUUUGCCGACUACCAACGAGUUAAAUCCAUUUUUGCUAGCUUUGAAGAGGUCAAAGACCAUUUAGAAGAUGUUGAUGAUUUAGAACCUGAUGGGUCCAACUAUGCCUUCUGGAUGUUCCGCAUUGGUCGGGUGAUUGAACAUAUAACCGGCAUCAAAGAUUACUUGCAAAUCAAUCAGCCUUUGAUUGAAAGUGCUGUUGUGCUUGUGAUUGAUCGAUGUGUGUUGGAUGUCAUCCGUCACACCCUGCCAUCGUGUCUUUUUGAUGAGACUGCCACGUGUUUGAAAGCUCACGACACGAAGGCUCGUCUGCGUAGAAUCUUCGAUCCAUAUGGUAUGCCAAAUCAUAGCACGGGGAAGUUGGAAAUGCAACAGAAUUAG